AUGGAUUUACGCUCUCGCAGCGCUGAACAACGUCAACGUGAUAACGCACGAAUCCUAGCCGACAUCGCACAACGCAAACGUGAUCAAGAAUUAGCGAAACAAACAAUGACAUCGUCAUCUAAUACUGCAUCAUCAUCUACUACUACAUCAACAUCCUCUACAUCACUUGUUCCAGCAAUCAACUCACUCAUUUUGAAAGGUAUCGAAAAUUUUUCCGGUGCCGACGAUCAAAAUGUUCUUGAGUGGCUAGCCGAUCUCCGAGAUCAUUUUAAUGCCGCACAUUUGUCCUCCGAAGACGCACGUGCACUUAUCUCUCAAUAUUUGACCGGUGAUGCUAAAAAAUGGUACCAAGCCGAACGUGCCAACCUAGCCGAGCUCAGAUGGUCUGCAUUUAAACAAGCGCUUAUACAAGCAUUUGCACCACCUGCACAUGAAAUGAAGAAAUUGGCUAAAUUACUUAAUCGUCGUCAAGGUCCCACAGAAUCCAUUCAAUCCUAUUAUUUUGAUAUUAUUACGUUAUGUCGUCAAUACAACAGCUCAAUGUCUGAUAAGGAUAAGAUCGCCCACUUAAUCAAUGGUCUUCGUCCUUCACUUAAAACUGCUGUUGCCAUGGCCGAACCUGAAUCAAUCCAGGAUUUUCUCCACAAAGCGAAAACCGGCGAAGCUGUUUUUUCACUCGAUGUUCCAGAUACUCCUACACAAACACCAACAAGUGGCAUAUCUGAAACAACAGCCGCUAUUCAACAUCACAGAACCAAUCGUACUCAACGCGAACUCCCGGUCUUUACGAAUCGUCAAGCACAACACGUCACACCUUCUUAUCGUCCAGUGUCCUUGCGAUAUCCUGCACCGCAUCCUACACAUCAUUUUACAGGUUUUCCUCGUGUUCCUCAGUCAUACUACUUGGGCACUCACCAACUCCGUCCUCGCUACACUACAAGUCAUUUUUCAACACGUGCUGCAUAUCCACGUGAUACUGGUUCUACAAUAUCUGCUGUUUCACCUGAUUUUCUCUCUCGUAUUCAUCACCAACCUAUUCGAUCAACAUCAUCUACUUGUUCCACAGCUAAUAAUAAUCAAUUGACUAUUCGUGGUCGUCUAUCAUUACAAGUGCGUAUUAAUAAUAUUUCCACCAACAUCGAUGUACUCGUCGUAGAUAAUUUAUGCACUGAUUUACUUCUCGGUAGUGACUGGAGCCAUGCUUAUUAUGUUGAAAUUAAUUAUCGCCUUGGUAUUCUUACCUUAUCCGAUACUACCGGUCGCCGAACAUAUACUCGAUUUCUUCAACCACACACCACAACUAAUCGAUCAUUCGCUGUUAAAACUUCUCGCCAUCUCGUCAUACUAUCGGCCGCAUCAGUCGUCAUUUCGGUGUCUACAGACACAAUGGAUACCAUGGCUGCACUUUUUACUCCAUCUGAACAUUUUUUAGCAAAACAUCCACUGCUUAUCCCUCAUGCACUUGUUACCGUUUCAAACAACACAUCCUUUUUAUCGCUACUCAACCCUACUAAUGCUCCAUAUACUUUAACACGUGGAACAAUAUUAGGUAAAAUCCAAUUUCUAUCUACCACAAAUCAAUAUUACUAUGUCAAUUCGACAGAUGUUCGUCAUUCAAACAAGUUUUCACCUCGAUCUCCCACUCAUAUACGACCUUUCGUUGGUAACGGGUAUAACUGCCAUGUUCACCAUCAUUCACAAUGUUGCACUAUUAAAUCACCACCUGAAAACAAAUCUUCACGUACCGAAUUAGACUCUCUCUCACACCUCGUGAAACAUCUACCACAUCAUCAACAAAUUUUGAUGAAAACGGUCCUCAAUAAAUACAAGAACGUAUUCGACACUUCUGUAUCUAGCACUAUCAAUGCCGGUGUAUUUCAUCGUAUUCCAGUCAGACGUGAUCAACCUCCGAUACAAUCUUAUCCAUAUCGCAAAGCUCCAAAAGAGCGUGAAAUCAUCAACACUCAAGUCGCCGAUAUGCUUAACAAACAUAUCAUCCGUCCGUCUACUAGUCCUUGGACCUCUCCUGUUGUCAUCGUGAAAAAGAAAGAUGGUACACCUCGUUUCUGCGUCGAUUAUCGUCGUCUUAAUGCAGUUACUGAACGUGAUGUUUACCCCCUCCCCCGUAUCGAUGAUAUUAUCGAUCGUCUUGCCGGUUCAAAAUUUUAUUCGGUUUUCGAUUUAAAACAAGGUUAUUGGCAAGUACCUAUAGCAGAGCACGACAAGAAAAAAACAGCAUUCGUCACCACCGACGGACUUUUCGAAUUCAACGUCAUGUCAUUUGGUCUUUCCAAUGCUGGCGCUACUUUUCAACGCCUUAUUAAUUCUAUACUUAGCAGUUUACGCUGGGAUAUAGCUCUUGUCUAUCUCGACGACAUUAUCGUCUAUUCACCAUCUUUUCACACACAUCUGCAACACGUUGCUCGCGUUCUCGAAGUACUCGACAAGGCCAAUAUCAAACUCAAUCGCGAUAAGUGCACAUUAGCUAGACAUCAAAUUGAUUACUUAGGUUUUCGCAUAACACAAGAUGGAAUUAAACCAUUAACCGCAAAUGUGAAGAAAACACUCGAUUUUCCAACACCUACAUCAGCCGCACAAGCAUACUCUUUUGUUCAAAUGGCUCAGUUUUAUCGUCGUUUCAUCUCGAAUUUCUCAUCAAUCGCUGCUCCAUUAUUAAAAUUCAAACAAUCAAACUCAACAUUUCUAUGGACAGAUGAAUGCGAAUUAGCCUUCACCACAAUCAAGAAUAAACUCUCUCAAUAUCCCCUGCUCGCUUUCCCCAAUGAAAUUGCUACACUUCGGUUAUCAGUAUCUACAGAUGCCUCAAAUGUUGGUAUUGGCGAUGCUCUACAUGUCAUUACCGAUCGUGGUGAACGACCCGUCACCUUUCUCUCUCGUACACUUUCUACCGCCGAACAGAAGUACUCUACAGUCGAAAAAGAAUGUCUCGCAAUUAUUCAACAUCGAUCCGGUACUCGCAACUGUGUUCCUGAUUGCCUUUCUCAAUUUCCCCUCAACCCGCCUGAUACUAUUGCCGAUCAACGUGCAGACCACAUGCACGUUCCUGAUAAUAUCGUAUCGGCUAUUCAAUCAUCUGUCUUUGACACAAGUAUGAUUGGCCCUGCUCAAUUACUCGAUCAUCGACUCAAGAAGUUACACACCGAUCUCACUAAUGGUACUUCGACUGCUACAUAUUGUGUCGUGAACGACGUCAUACAUAAAAUAAUUACUCGCCCUGGAUCAACUCCCCUCACUUUGCCUCUUAUUCCACCAUCACUCGUCAAACCACUUUUACAGGCCUAUCACGAUCAUCCAACCAGUGGUCAUUUAGGUGUUCACAAAACUUGGAAUAAAAUUCGAGAACGUUUUUAUUGGCGCAAAAUGUUUCACGAUAUUAAAGCUUACAUUGCUAUGUGUUCUAAAUGUCAACAGCAUAAAAUUUCUCGCCGCAAACCAACAGGUCUCUUACAACCAAUAGAACUACCAUCCGGUGCUUUCGAACUCGUUGGACUCGAUUUUCUCGGUCCUGUACCUGUCUCUUCAAGUGGUAAUAAGUGCAUUCUCGUCUGCACCGACUAUCUCACUAAAUGGGCCAUUACUCAUGCAACACCAGAUUGUACUGCAUCUACCGCCGCACAGUUUCUUGUCGAAAAAGUUAUUUUACAAUAUGGUACUCCUCGUGUUUUAAUUACAGAUCGCGGCACCCAUUUCACUGCACAAGUCUUUGAAGCAAUUGCGACUCGAUGUGGCGUGCAUCACAUCAAGUCUACCGCUUACCAUGCUCAAACAAACGGCCAGACCGAAAGGUUUAACGCCACAUUGAGCAAUUCUAUCGCUACAUACGUGAAUCAACAACAAUCCGACUGGGAUUUAUAUCUACCUUUCUGCAUAUUUGCAUAUAAUACAGCAAAACAUGAAUCAACUCAUAUACCCCCUUUCACACUUGUUUAUGGUCGUCAAGCUGUUUUACCCUUCGAUGUACCGAAAUCAACAGUUACUUUAUCAUCACCCAACGACUAUUACACACAACUCAUUCGAUUUCUUCGCGAAGCAAAAUCUACCGUAUUAAUUAAUCUACAUCGAAAACAAAAUCUAUACAAACGACGAUACGAUACUGGUCGUCAUGAUCAACAAUUAAAAAUUGGUCAACCAGUUUUACUCAAACAAAUGAUGCCCCAAAAUUUGCGCAAAUUUUCACCAAAAUAUCUUGGUCCUUUCAUUGUUACUUGUCAGCACGGUCGACUCAAUUACACAAUUAAAAAUCCAACUACUGGUCAUGAAGACAUCGUACAUGUCUCUCGUCUCCUCGCACUGACACAAUGA